AUGCCGUCCAGAGUCGUCCGCAGCGUCGACGACUUGCCCACCAUCGGCGCCCUCUACAGCAGCGGGCAGCUCCCCUCGGAGACACCCACGGCUCCCUUGCGCAAGCCCUCGCAGGACGUCAACCGCCGUGUCAGCCUCGUCCGCACCGACAUCACCAGCCUCGCCGUCGACGCCAUUGUCAACGCCGCCAAGAACUCUCUCCGCGGCGGCGGCGGCGUCGACGGCGCGAUCCACCGCGCCGCCGGCCCCGGCCUUGUCCGCGAGUGCCUCGCCCGGUACCCUGACGGCUGCGACACCGGCGACGCCGUCAUCACCGCCGGCCACAACCUCCCCGCCCGCAACGUCAUCCACACCGUGGGACCCAUCUACCAGAGCCAGGCGGCCAGCGAGCCUCUGCUGCGCAGCUGCUACCAGGCCUGCUUGCGCACGGCUGUCGAGAACGACUGCGCGACCAUCGCCUUCAGCGGCAUCAGCACUGGUGUCUACGGCUAUCCUGCCGACAAUGCGGCUCAUGUGGCCUGCAGCGUCGUCCGGGACUUUCUCGAACAGCAGGACACCGAGGGGAAGAUCCAGCGCGUCAUCUUUGUCACGUUUCUCGACAAGGACGUGAAUGCGUACAACUCUGUUCUUCCGUGA